AUGGAUAGGAAUCAAGAUGCACAAGUGGGAGCUGCUGUGGGGAACUCUGGAAAUCUUGAAGUGGAUAAAAACUUUGAAGAUGUUAUUGAUAGGGAUAUAGACAAUAACAGAAGAGGAUUCAAUAUUAAUGGAGAUGCGGGAAGGCAAGAUGAGUUGGGAUGGGGGAGGCAACUCCAUGAGGUUGAUCGUUCUGAUGAAAUAUUGCCAAAUGUCAUAAACACGAAUCAAAAGUUGAACGAAAAUCAAGAUGAUCUAGGGAGCUCCGGGAAUCUUGAGGUGGAUAAAAACUCUGGUUUAUGUGAUUCAGGUUCAGAAGUUGCAGUACAACCACAAAUUUCUGAAUGUGCUGGUCUGAAGUUUAACAACUUUGAUAAGCGGAGGGAAGAGGUAGAAUUUGGACCUUGGCAGGCUUGGGCUCUCUAUGAUACAGCAGAUGGGAUGCCUAGACAGAUCACAUAUCUAGAGCCAGAUCCAGAUGAUGAGAAAGAGAUACAAUGGUUUAAAGAAGAGUCGCCUGUUUCUGCUGGUAAGUUCAGGCUUGGGAAAAAUCAGAACACGAAAGAUCGUUCUAUGUUCUCACAUGUUAUUUGGUGCAAUGAAGGAAGCAAGAAAGGCCAUUUCACUGUUUCACCAAAAAAAGGGCAGACUUGGGCUCUAUUCAAGAAAUGGGAUAUCAACUGGUCUUCAGAACCAGAUUCUCACCGCAAAUUUGAGUAUGAGUUUGUUGAGAUUUUGUCAGAUUACGAUGAUAGAGUUGGUGUAUCUGUUGCAUUCUUGUACAAAGCAAAAGGCUUUGCAAGUGUGUUCUUUCGAAUGGGAACUGGGAAUGCAGACGUAUUUCACAUUCUGCCUCAAAGUUUAUAUCGGUUUUCCCAUAGGUUCCAUUCCUUCAAAAUGAAAAGAGUUGACAUAAAAGGUGUGCCAAAAGAUGCUUACGAGUUGGACCAAGCUGCAUUACCUGAAACAAUCGAAGAGAAAGUCGUCCCUUCUCAUCUAUACGCAGAGCCUAAACCAGAAGCUCUCGCCUUUCCUAAUAAGGGAAAGGUUUUUCAAACUGGCCAGAUCUGGUCAUAUUACAGUGGAUUCAGAAAGAUCACUCUAAUUCAAGCAUUUGAGCAGGAAGCAGUAAUUAAACUGCAUGUAGGUCGGUUAAAGGCUACGUUUUUCCCUGAGAAUGGCAUCCAAUGGGAGGACAAAAGAAUGCAUGUUGAUUGUGGAAAUUUCUUGGUGAGGAAAAGUUCUGAAGUACUCACCGCAGAUGAUGUUUCACAUCAGAUAGUGCGUCAAAGAUCCAUGGAUGGAGAUGAAUAUACCGUUCUGCCUAAGAUUGGGCAAGUUUGGGCGAUUUACAGAAUCUGGACUAGUAACAAGGAGUAUGUGGGUUGCUGCGAUUAUGACAUUGUCGAAGUUCUUGAUGACAGCUUGGAAUAUAAGGUUUUAGCGUUGGAGCCCGCAUUGUUUUACAAUGAAGAUGAAGAGAAAAAGACAUUCUUUAGAGGAGCUGAGAGUAGGCAUCGUGAUUGUGACAAUGAGGAUGGAUCAGAAGUGAUAUCUACAAUCCCAAAGUCAAAAAUGCUGAGAUUCUCACAUCAGAUUCUUGCUUCCCUAGUAACCAGGGAGAUAAAUGGAGAUACGAAAGAGCUUUUUGAAGUUGAUUCUAGAGCAUUACCUACAAAUGUGAGGUCUCGAAACCAUUGA